AUCCGUCACGUUAGUAUCCCUUUACUAGCCUUUAGCAUCGCUCGUCGGCGAUCUACGUCGAUCAAACUAAUCAAGCCACCGGGCAAGAACUGGGCUCAGGCCUUCGAGAAACGCCAUAAGGAACUCAAAGCGAGAAAGGUCAGGGCUAUCGACUGGAACCGCCACGAGAACGAUAUAUAUUCUAAGAUCGCUAAGUGGUUUGAGGUGAUGGAAAAGGUGCUGCAGGGUCCUGCUACACUGUCAGAGAAUGUUUACAAUAUGGACGAAACAGGAGUCAUGCUGCACGGCAUGCAACAUUCCUGUGGCUUUGGCACGAAGGUUGUUCUUAUUCGUUUGUGA